GAGGCAACAGCAACCACAAUUGAGGCAACAACUUCAACCACAACUGAACCAACAACAACCACAAAUGAACCAACAACAACAACUGAGGCAACAACAACCACAAAUGAACCAACAACCACAACUGAGGCAACAACAACCACAAUUGAGGCAACAACUUCAACCACAACUGAACCAACAACAACCACAAAUGAACCAACAACAACUGAGGCAACAACAACCACAAAUGAACCAACAACCACAACCGAGGCAACAACAACAACAACAACAACCACAAUGGAGGCAACAACUUUAACCACAAAUGAACCUACAACCACAACUAGGGUAACAACAACCACAACUGAGGCAACAACUUCAACCACAAAUGAACCAACAACCACAACUGAGGCAACAACAACCACAAUGGAGGCAACAACUUCAACCACAAAUGAACCAACAACCACAGCUGAGGCAACAACAACCACAAUGGAGGCAACAACUUUAACCACAAAUGAACCAACAAUCACAACUGAGGAACCAACAACCACAACUGAGGUAACAACUACCACAAUUGAGGCAACAACUUCAACCACAAAUGAACCAACAACCACAACUGAGGCAACAACAACCACAAUUGAGGCAACAACUUCAACCAAAACUGAACCAACAACAACCACAAAUGAACCAACAACAACAACUGAGGCAACAACAACCACAAUUGAGGCAACAACUUCAACCACAAAUGAACCAACAACCACAACUGAGGCAACAACAACCACAAUUGAGGCAACAACUUCAACCACAACUGAACCAACAACAACCACAAAUGAACCAACAACAACUGAGGCAACAACAACCACAAAUGAACCAACAACCACAACCGAGGCAACAACAACAACAACAACAACCACAAUGGGGGCAACAACUUUAACCACAAAUGAACCUACAACCACAACUGAGGUAACAACAACCACAACUGAGGCAACAACUUCAACCACAAAUGAACCAACAACCACAACUGAGGCA